AUGAGACGUUUUGAACGAUACCAUGGCGUCGCGCCAGCAACCAGUAUCGAGAAUAAAUGGGACCGCGAAGAGAGCCGCAGAGGCGAUUUUGGUUCGGAUCUAUAAUUCGAAAGACGUACAAGUGUGCUCUAGUGAACUAUUAGCCAAUUUAUCCGGUUUCAUGGAACGCAGGGAUACUUCAAUGGCUUCAGAACUCUUAAGUGAUCAUCAGAAAUGCUCAGAAACCGCAGGGACGCGUCCGGUUUGCGUUAUCAGUGUCAAAGUUGGUAACAAACACAGGAUGAGAAUUUUGGAAUUUCUAGGGAUAUCUUCAGUGGAUUCAGCACUCUUAAUUGACCACUUGACAUGCUCAGAAACUUCUCAUUGUGUUAUCAAUGCUUGACUCGUAACGCAAACCGGACAAGAAUAUCUGAGCAUUUCCAGGAGGACCUCUAGCGUCUUCAGAACUAUUAAGUAAUUGGAAUGUCUUUUUUCUUAUCAAAUAGCUUUCCAAAAAGACCUUUGGAAACAAAAUCCUUUAAAAGAUUUCCGAGAAACUCUACUGUGCUCAUUGAUGGUUCUCGAUCUACUUUUAAUUAUGCUAAUACGUCUGGUGUCCUCCAAGGUACUGUAUCUGGGCCUUUGCUUUUCUUGAUAUUUAUCAACGACAUUGUUAACUUGAUCGACCCUGAAACCUCCAUCUCACUAUUUGCGGAUGACAUUAAAAUUUACGGUUCUAACCCAGAAUCUCUCCAACAUAGUAUAAACUCUAUUUUUGAAUGGUCAUCUACCUGGGGCUUGCCCCUUGCCGCUAACAAAACAUUUGCUAUUCACCUGGGCCCUCGCAAUCCUAAAACUAUUUAUUUGAUUAAUGGAGUUCCCAUCCCUCAUAAAUCUGUUGUACCUGAUCUUGGUGUACUAAUCGAUGAGAAACUCACUCUCGCUCCGCACAUUAAUAAUAUUGUAUCUCUUGCAACGCUGAGAUCCAACCAAAUUCUGCAUUGUUUUCGUUCAAAAUCUCCGGCUCUUCUGUUUCAAAUUUUCAACACCUACGUCAGACCUUUAUUGGAAUAUUGUUCUGAAGUUUUUAACCCACCUAUUAACUCUGACCUUUGCUACAAGCUUGAAUCCCCACUCAGAAUUUUUUUCCCGUAAAGUUUACAUUAGAUCAAACAUAUCUUUUGAUUCCUAUUCAGAUCGUCUAGAGCAACUUCAACAAACCCCACUUUACAUUAGACGAGUUAUUUCUGAUCUCCUCACUCUCCAAAAAAUUGUUUCUGGUCAUGAUCACUUUCCUCAAUUCGAAAAUUUUGCCCUCAGAUCCAAUUUAAGGCGAAAUCCACUUCGGCUACGUUCUCAAGGUCAGUUUUCAAACAACUUUUUCUUCAAAACGAUUCCUAUUUGGAAUAAACUUACAUCCAAAUAUCAGUUCACCCUUCCACCUAAUUCUUUGAAAAAAUUAUUGGUCGUUUUACCUCGCAACGAAUUUUUUACCUCUAUUCCACCAAGACUUAACUGAUCUCAAUUUUUUUUUUCACUUCAACUUUUUUUUUCCUUAUUUAAAUUGUAUAUCGAAGUGAACUCGUUGGGGUUCACACUGAUCUGUGAAUAAAUUAUUAUAACUUUAAAACUUUGAAAACUUUUUAGGAACUCAAAAAGGACCUGUGAGCUCUUCUUUCUAUGGCCCUUUUAAGGUCGUUUGGACUUUGCCUGUGUUUUGGAAAGUUAGAAUGAACUUAGAAAUUUAUAAGGAAUAUCUAGAGCGCACUUGUCGGUUUCCAACCGAGCGGCUUUAUUUCAAUAAAAGUUAAUUUUCAGAACUUAACGCCGUUGUCAACCAUCCUGAUAACCCGGACGAUGUUUACGCGAUUGCAAACGUGAUUUCACAAAUUUUUUUCACAAAACUCCGUUUUUUGCGACUUUGGAAAUCUGGUUUUCUCUGUCCCCUCCUCGUUUCUCGGCGUAUCUCUCAUUUUGAUGCGCUAUUCUCAUGUUUGUCUGAUAUGACCGUUGAGGGAACAGAGAGACACAGACACUCGAAAAGUGUCAAGCCGUGACAGACAGGCCAUAAUUUUGUAGAAUGUUGUGAAACAUUAUGCCGAGUUCAGAGUAAUGUCCGUGGAAGUCCAAUUUAUCUGUGACUCUCCAAAAUUUAGUUAUCUUUUUACCCUCUGACGGCUAUUUUGAAUUCCGCGAUAUCACUUUGAAGACGCCAUUAACUAAAAACUUUUCAAUAAUUUUUGAGUUUUUUAAAGUUUUUUAAGUUGCCUCUUUUUCCAGAACAAACUGAUCAAUGAAAUGCGUUGGUACGACGAACUGUGGGCCAACAAGAUGUACAAACUGAUACCGGACAGAUGGCGAGCGUCUCUCUCAUCAUUGCUCAUCUUACCUCCUGUUUUUCAGUAUCAUCAGCAAGAACAACGCCUGGGACCGCAACUUCGACAUGCAGGACCGCGUUGACUUUUUCGAUUACUUGGCAAAGUUUUUUGUAAUCAGAUUGGAAAAUGACCAUUUUUGUCAUUUUGAGAUUCGAGCCAAGGUGGAAAAGGUACACGUAUGAAGAGUGCGAGGAAGAUUUGGACCGGGAAUUCGAGAUCGGAGGAGAUUCGGAGAUGCCCUCGGCGAGUCUGACGGCUUUGGACGAGCAAGUCGCUUUCCUGGCCCCUGAAUAUCUUGGUAAACAUUCUCUCAAAGAGAUAUAAAGAAUUCAGAGGCGGGAGAAAAUUUAACUGUUUCUCAAGCUUUUAUAGCCUGUUCUUUUCACUCAUGCUGCGCCCCUAAUGGCUCGAUAAACGAAUCAGAGAGCGACAGACCGUUUUCAAAUGAUGUCAUUGUUCUUGAGAUUCAAAAUCUGAACAUACUAUAUGCCGUGUUCAGAAUCAUCCCGAGAAAUUAAAAAUUGCCGUCAGAGAGUGAGAAAAAUAACCAAUUUCUGUAGAGUCAGACGUAAUUUUGAGUUUCGAAAUUUACUUUGAACAUGGCAUCACUGAAACUCAAAUGGACUUUUCUCUUUCAUUCUGCACUUUUUCUCGAUCGUUAAAAAUUUUCGUAUUAUAAAUGCUUGAUAAAAGCAGCGAAAAUGGCCCGGCCCUUUAAGGGAAUAUUUCAACUUUCCGUUCUCGUGAUUUCUACGGAGAGAGUGAUAGUACUGAAAUAGGGGCAGGGUGACAAAAAAACCAAGUUAUCAAAAAAAAGAAAAAAAUAAAUAAGAAAAAAAUUUGUAAGUUCUCAGGACUUUCGAGCAUUUAUCACAAGUACGGUGAGAUGAUUGAUUCAAAAAUCACAUGAAGAAGGUCAAUUUCGGUGAUGAAUGAAUAGAAAAGAAAAAAUGAAAAAUAAUAAUAUCUCUUACUAAAAUAUUAAUAAAUUGCCUAGUUCUCGUCAUAUCAUAUCUCCUUAUCCAUUUCAUAGUCAGAAAAAGGUUCAGAAUUGAAUAAUUUACAGAAAAAACGGGCGUGAAGGCGAUGGCCCACGAAAUGAUCGACGACAUUCUGACGGGAUUCCUCUGCAAGGAGUACGGCUUGUUCCGGUUCGUACGCUUCAAUCACUUGGCCCCCAUCAAGUUCGACGCCGUCACUUUCAAAUCCUCCAAAGUUGCCUCCUCUUUUGUGGAGAAUAUCAUCUUUUGAAGCGAUUCAGGUUUAUACCGUGACAUAUAUCAAUGGAGAGCUGGUUUUUGGACGCUUCAACACUAUCGACCAAUCUUGGAAUUGGAUCCCAUUUAAGGUUAAAUGUGCUGCUUGAAGAUUCUCGGGAGAGAACCGGGAAAAUUAAAAUUGAGGAGAAAAAAAAAAGAAAAUGAAAUACAUGUCGAUCAUGUUCACUUCAUAUUUUCCAGAACGAUUUCAACAUUUCUCUCAUUAGAGAUUUGGAUUUAUAUUUGCUGUAAAUGCGUGCCAACGUAAUGAGAAGCUCUGAGAAAUUUUAAUUUUGAACUAUUUUUCGUCUGAAAGAGGUUUUUUUUUUGAAAUUCAACGAAAACUGUCACCAGAAGUUUAAAUAAAAACUGCUGUUUAGUAUAACUUGGGAAGAAGAAGAGUCAUCGCGCGGCUCUUCACCGACGGCCAAAUUCUGAUCCUCACUUUUCAUCCUUACUGUUUCUUCGAGUAUUACUACCAAAAGGUUCCUUUUUUUGAUCCUUUGAAUUAUUUUUUAUUCAGCCUUUCGUUUUUCGAAUCGACGAAAGUUUCUCGCGACUCGAACUUAUAUCAAAGAACCGGCAUCUUCGUGUCAGGGCUGGUUACACGGAACAACAGUUGGAACUGGCGAGAAUCCAAUUUCCGGAGCUCAUCAAUCAAUUUUACGGUUUGUUUCAGAUUAGAUCAGAAAACUCUGAUUAUUUCACUUUUUUUAAAAAAAAUUGAAAAAUUUAAUCGGAGGCUUUUUCUGAAGAAAUAAAGUUACAGAUAAUUUUUAAGGUUUUUUCAACUUUUAACCUUUCAUUAUUUUUUUCUUCAUCUAUUUAUUUCCUUUUACAAAACUCGUUCAUAAAAAAAAAUAUUUCACAAAAUCUCACAAUGAACAUAGGCAAAGUCGGAAAGUCCUUUAUUCCCCCCGUAAAAGAAAGGAUUUCUAUGAAGUCCAUAAAAGCUCCAUAGAAAUGUUCCUUUUAGGGUGAUGAAGGUUCCCCUUUUCCUGCCUUUUUGCGCCAUUUUUUAAACCCAUAUUCACCCUUUUUGCUGCCUCUCCCUUUCUCCAGCGUUUCUCAAGCCUUUGAAAGUCCCAGGAAAAAUGGAAGGCUCGAUAAAGGGAUUCGCUGCCUUUUUGCUGCCUUUCUGCGGCCUUUUUGGAGCCUCUCCCUUUUAGCGGCCAUUAUCCACCAUUCCGACUUUGCCCGAGAAGGUACUAUUCAAAAUAGCUAGUAGUCAGGUCGGCAAAAACAAAAGUUUUCCGGUAUUUUUUAUCAUCGCUUUGAAAAAAUCCUCUUAUGGUUAGUUUUGCGGUAUUUCAAAAAGGCAAUAAAGCCUGGUAAAAGCGAUAGGAAAGUAUUCUAGGCGCGUUAUUCUCAAAAUCUCCUUUUUUGAUCUCUUUGUCAAAGGUUAAUAGUUUUUUUUUCCAGAAAAUUCUUCCGAUUUUGUGUUGAUUUUGCAGUUACCUACGGCACUGACGCCAGGAAGCCCAUUGAUAAAUGCGAUUUUCAAAUUGCGCUUACCGAUUUCGAUACGUUGGGCGGUCUUCUGCUCGGCUCACAUUGGUAUUUUUUUUUCUCAAGAAACUCAAAAAAAAAGAAUGAAUGCUCAUUUUUUGGCUUCUAUAAAACGCGAAAAAAGCUUCGUCUAGACUUCUGUCUCAUCUUUUUCAAGAAAAAGACUUUUUUUAUUCUUUUUCAGAAAUACUUAGGAUCUUCUGCUUUUUAAACACUUUGUUAUCUGCUCGAAAAGCCUCAUUGAUAAGAAGUCAAGAAAAAGACCCUAGGAAGGUAUUUUUUGGGAAGCUCCUUCUUAAGUACUUUUGGAACCUUUUUUAAAAAAAAUGUUUGCUGACAAUUUGAAAUCUUCAUUUUCUUUUAACGGAAAUUAUUUUGAGUUGAAGUCAUUUUUAAAGUUUCUAACGAAUACAAAUUUUAACGAAUAUUAAGGCCCGACGAAAACUACUUGGAUAAGCCGGUGACUUUCGGGGGUGUCGAAGGUUGCACCACCGGCGAUGGCGAUCGAUUCUACAUGCACGGCAUCAAGGAUGACUUUCUGGGAGGUGACGCUGUGAUCGAGGCGGUUGUCGAGGACCACACAACCGAUCCCGUCGGAGAGCUGAUUACGGAACAUCGACCGUCCGCCCCAGUUAUCACUGACGGAGAACGCGUCUUCAUCGUCGGCGGCGGUGGACCAUGGUGAUUCGAGCAUUUUUCCAGUUUCGGAAAACUGAGGAUCUCAUUUUCGCUCGAUAGUUGUCCUUGUACCCCUGUCCGCGCCACGACUAUUUUCCUCCAACCUACAGAAACCUUCCCGUCGACAUUCUCGGCUUUUCUCUGUGCAUGCGCCUUUAGGCUCACGAAUUUCCGUUAUGUUGAAGGCGCAUUCACAGAGACUGACCGCGCCCAUCGAAAAAUGGGUUCUGUAGCUCUGAUGGAAAAAGAAAUCGUGAAAAGGAAUGGGCAAUUUUCAAAUGACUGGUUGGAAAUCAAAUCACUUCAUUGUUUUUGGUUUUUAUAAUAAUCGAGCGUUAUGCGGCGUUCAAAGUAAUUUCCUUCCUCAACCUGUUUUUUUCUCCGAAAAGAAUCGAUCAUUUCAGGGUUCAUGGAAACGUCGACGACCUCUUCCACGACCUUCCCCGCAAGGAAUAUAUUUCGAUACCGCCACGUCCUGAAGCAGAAGUUUAUUCACCGAGCGAAAGAACCACCCGAUUAUAUUCAAACGAAGGAAAACUCCUGAGAACAAAAGUUACACGCAGCUAUGCUGACGAAGACCCCGCUGAGUGA